CUCAGGUCAGCAGCCAGUGCUCUUAACCACUGAACCACCUCUCCAGCCCGGGAAAUCAUUAUUAUUCCUAAUGCAACAUCACUUGAGAUCCAGCUCAGUGUUGAGCGCAUAAAUUAAGGCAAACAGAAUCUUAGGCAGGAAUACUAUUUUAGUGCACUUUUUUAAAAUUAUUUUUUUAAUUUAUUUUUCUCUCAUACAAUUCAUCCAGGCCGCAGCUUCUACUCCCUUCACUCCUCCCAGUGCCCCUCCCAAUCCCCCGGCCAAGUACACGCGUACAUACACCUCCCCUCUGUGAAGCAAGAAGCCUUUGGAAAGGCUGGCGCUCGUCCUGAGCAUCGCAACUUGUGAUUGGCUUAGACAACAUUUCUCCAUUGGCUCCCCACAUUGCCUCGCCUACUCCAUGCUUGGCUUCUUCUCCUUCCUUUGCCUAGUGGCUUGCGGGUUAGCAAACGUUUGCUUCUCUGCUCUGCUUGCUUCCUCUCUGCCCUUUUGGCCUUAGCACGGGACAUGUUGUCAUCCUUAAUCUGCUCUGUUCUCCUUGGCUUCGUGCUCAGCCUCCCGAGUCUCUGAGUCUCACGGUCGGUCAUCUCCUCGAGGUCUCAUCUGGACCCACGGUCUAGCCUUGCAUCUCGGUCGCCUCGCCUCAUCUCAGUCUCACCUUCCUGUGUGGUUUCACGUCCUGGUUUGUCUCUAAUCUACAGGUUUGUGCUCUGCCCAAUCAGCCAUGGAAGGUGACCGAGUGGACCCAGAGGGCAGCCUGGAUGCUGCCAGAGUGGAGGGAACAGAGGCCUUGCCACCCCCACUCCAGGCCUCAACUCCUGUAACUGCCAGGGCGCACUCAGUUGCCACGCAGGGCCGUUUGACAGGGAGCAAGACAAGGCUUCAAUGCCGCUCAGGAUCCAGGCUUCCUAACCUGGAGUGGGAGGGAGCCAACCAGGAGGAGCACCUCAUUCCUCUCUCGCAGCUGACUCCCUACAUCUCCUGUUACAUUUGCAAAGGCUACUUAAUAGAUGCAGCAACCAUCACAGAAUGUCUCCAUAGCUUCUGUAAAAGCUGCAUCAUAAAACAUUUUGAACAUAGCAACACAUGUCCAAAGUGUAACACUGUAGUGCAUGAGGCCAAACCUCAUAAUAACCUGAGGUUGGAUCCACAAUUACAAAGCAUAGUGUACAAAUUAGUGGCAGGUCUAGAGGAAAAAGAAGAAAAGCAAAGGCAUGAAUUCUACAACGAAAAUUGUCCGCAGCCAGGCCCUUCAAGCGCAGGGAACACUAAGGGAGUUGUAGAAUCCUGUGUUCAUUCAUAUGAACUUGAUACGUCUUUAGUCCUGGAGUCUAUGGGUACUAAUGCAGACAUUGAACAUUUUAAACCACUCCAGAUGAAAUUUGUGCGAGUCUCAGGAAAAGCAACCGUUGGACAUAUCAAAAAAUUUCUCAAAAGAAAAAUGGACCUUGCUGCAGUGUAUCGGGUAGAUAUCAUGUGCGGUGGGCAGUUGCUGAAGGACUUUCAAACUCUGCAAGAAGUCCAGUGUACAGUCGGGGAUGCUGGGAUGCAGGAUGGUCUGCUAGUCCUUUAUUACGGUAUUGUGCUUUCUCCUCCCAACGUGACUUGCUAGGAGGGACGGUAUGAAGGGACAGAAAGUAAGAAGGCCUCUGCAGAACUGCAUCUUACUGAAGAGUGCCAGGAAACAUGGAAUCCCUAGAAUUUGUACUGUUUCUGACACGCCUGUUUCCUGCAUCCGGAAUCCUACAUUUAAGGCACAGCUUGGAACUAUGGGAUAGAAAACAAUGACUUUUUAUAUUCCUUGGGAUUCCAAGAACUGUGACGUUGAGAUAAGUUGUUGACCGUUUCCUCUUUGGUUGAGCCUGCUCUCUUUCAAGUUGGUUGAAAUUCUGCUGUUUGUGCUGACUUCCAGUGGUCGUCUUUUUGGAAAACAGCACACAAGAGGUUCAAGGCCUGUCUUCCUUAAGUUGCAGAGCAAACUCACAAAGACUAUAUUUGUUUUUGCUGCUUUUGUAUAUUGCCGUAAUAUUUUGAAGCUACUUGUUCUUGUAACUGACAGCACUCCUGAAGAGAUGUUACUCAGUUCUAAAAGGUAGGAGUUACUAUAUUAGGGGAAGAAACUGCCUCCAGUAGGGUGUAUAACUGAAACCAAAACCUUCAGUAUAGUAAGACUUCUUAACAUGCCUUAAAAUAAGAGGUGUUCUUCUUGACUUAUACAUAUAUAAGUUAUUAAAUAUACAUUAAACUAAAUAUAUAUGUUGCAUACACACCAUUGUUGCUAUCUGUGCUACUGGUGUAGUGUGACAUCAGGCAAAGAUCCCUGUAGAAUGAUUGCUGAUACCUUGUGAUGGUAAUGGUACCACUUGUGAAAUAGAAAAAUUCAAUUUAACUUCAGAUGUUUAUAGAGUACUUACUUAUUGUUUCUUCAGCAAGUCAGUUUUACUGAUUUAAUGUUUGCUGUCCGUUUUCCUGUUAUUUUGUCACUGGAAUUAAAAAAUAAGGUUGUUUGUAAGCUCACUUUAAUGUAGAGAAUUCAAUUUUAAACAGUCUUUUUUAUACCCCCCCCCCAAAUUCAUAUCCUGAUGCUUUCUAAAAGAUACCUUACAGGCUCUGUCUCACAGAAGGAAAAUUUUAAAGUCCGUAUUGGAAACUUUAAACAUUGGACAAAGAGUGGUAAUUGUAAAGAACUUGUGAACUCACUGGGUAUGGUGGUACACGCCUGUAAUCUCCGAAUUUGGGAAAGGAGAGUGGAGGAUCAGGAGUUCAAAGUCUCCUUCAGGCAUCACUAUUGGGAGAUGCUGAAAACUUUGAGAAGGCUGGGAGUGGGGACGGGAGCAUUAGGAGUGUAAGCUUGAAAGUCCAUUGUGACACCCUGUUCUCUUCUUUUGGCCACGAGUUGAAUGCUCCCUUCAUGUUGUGCUACCUCACCACAGUCCCAAAUCAACAGGAACAAGGAACCAAUGGACUGGAACUAUGGAAACUGUUUUCAGUGCGAUGCACUCAGAUUGGUACAGCACCCUGAUGUCUACCUCUCAAUGGGACAGCUCACAAGUGCCUGGCUCACUAGAAGACCUCCAUAGCUGGCAUCCACUGUGCAGACAGGCCGCAAGAAGGACCUUUUGCUUACAGCAUGACUCCAUGGAGCUUUGGCACCGAUGCCUGCCUAGUUGUUUUUGCUUUUUGGGUUUUGUUUCGGUUGUCUUGUCUUUUUCCCUGCCCACUGGUUGAGCAGGUGAGUGUGUAUUAUACAGGCUUCAGGUUGUUGUCUUUUCUCUUAAAUUUAAAGUCAUAUAAACUGAUUCUGUUACUUCAUGCAUGUGUCAUGUGUCUCUGUGUUGGU